CUUCUUUUGUGCAGCAGAAAUCCCCCAGCACGACUCCCGGCUGACCACUCAUCCGCCUGACUCUCUCAGGGCCAAGCUAGUCUUGUCCUCAACACCAUCGCUACACAGCGACAUGCAAUCAUAGAGCCUCAGCGCUAGCCAGGAGCCUUCCCUCGCCGUCGUCAUUGCCACGCGUUGAUAUCCAUUCUUCACAAGGCGUCGGUGACAGCCCGUUUAUAAAUCCCACAGCUAGCCCGGUCUCACCCUCCGCACUCUUCCUAAUCCCCCUCCACUCAUCAUGGCCAGCAGCGAGCCACCAACCCUCAAGCUCAAUGGAUCUGCAGAGCCCACGACUAUGGACACUCAACCUUCAGUGGAGAAUUUUGGCCAGUUUAAGGAAGCGCAAACUGAGAGGCCCCGUCCAGCGCGCGCCGCAGACUCCAACUUCUCAAAGCUGUCCACCACAUCGGUCCCUCCAGAAGGCUCUAUUUUGACUGGCAAGCAGGAGCAUUACCUUAAACGCGAGCUUGUUUCCCAGCAGACCAAAUUCGAAAUUGCCGAGCUCUCUUCCCCCACAGCCCUCCAGCGCUUCGGUGCACCCUUCCGCUCAGAUGCCGGCGAGGUCGCCCCAGAGGACUCGGAGCUUCCCAUUCUUCGCUACAUAUUCGUACAUAAUGUCCGCAAUUUCCCAUUCUUAGACAAGGCCAAGGAGAAGGAGUUCUGGCAAGAUAAACUACAGACUUUCCUGGAAUCGUUUGCAAACAAACAUGUUUCGUCCUCGGAAGACCGCCUAGAAGAAACUAAGAGGAAGAAGCUCGCACUGAAAGCGGAGAAAUUGGUGGAGCUUAUGAUGGUUUCAGGCAUACCCACUGCCUCAGGAUAUGAAGAGAGGAUACGCUUCUCGGAAAUGGAAAUAGUCGAGCGAGGUGCGAACGAGAAUGGGCUUGCGAUUAACGCUCCGAGCGGCCAUUCUAUUAACGGGUGGGAUGUCAAUGUUGCCGGUGUGCGGACCAUGUCCGUUAAGAAGCAUGUUCGAUAUCACACCCACGCCGAAUAUCUAAUCCGGGUGAAACAAUCCGAGAAGGAAGACUUUUAUGUGGGUCGCCGUUAUGCAGAUUUCGUUCACCUCCAUAAGCGUAUCCGACUAGAGCUUCCUGGUAAAGUUCUACCCCCACUUCCGCGAAAGAACAAGAAGGACUCCCUUCUACAGCCCUUGCCAACUGCGGACGAUGAUGAUAUCUCCAUCUCAUCGGUGUCAACCCAAGAGCCUGCACCGGAUCCGUACGAGAAUGGCGGGGCGGGCGGGCUCCGAAGCUAUAUCUUCAGUAACCACAAACAGAACAGCUCCGCGACCUCGCUGGCCAGGGGCCGCUCUCCUCGAGCAUCUAAUGAUAAUAUAGCCUACAGGGAACCCCGAGUGCUCUAUCGAGAAGAACAGCGGGUUUCCCUACGGGCUUUCCUCCGGACAUUUCUCCAAAACGAGGUCAUUGCACAAUCAAGCGCAAUGGUGGAAUUCCUCACUGGUAACCCUAUCGAACUAAAUGAAGAAGAAAUGGAGGAUAUCGAGAGGCGGAAAGAGAUGGAUGAGAAGCGCGUCGAAGAACAGAAGCAGUUCUACGAGAUUGCAAGACAACGAGCGGCGGAACUCGACAUUCAUAUGGAGAGGUUUAGACGCGAGAUUGUCGAAGCCAAUGGCUUAUCUCACCUUUUCCAGGAGAUCAGGGUCAAGAACACGAUCGCAGAGCUUAAACCUGAAUACCAGAAGUUUGCUGAAUGGUUGAGGAUUGAAGUCGCGGCUACUAUCUACCACCUCUUCCUUGCAGAGGAUAAUUCACCAGAACUGUUCGCUCAAGCCAAGCGCAUCCACUCUCUCGUCCCCUACACCGUCCUGAAGAACGUCAUUAGGAUAGCCAACCCGGCAGCCGUCAUGAGCGGAGUCUUGGAUCUUUUUCUCGCACAACCAUUCGGCGCUCGAUCCUUGCUACAACGCAUGUUUGGCAUGGCAAUCAACGAUGGGGUACGGCAAGUGCAGAAGUCGAUCGACACUCUAGCUUCGACAAAGAUAAAAGACGACGUCCUAUGCGCAAAGAUCAAAGCCUUUGUCGAUUCAGACGAGGAUAUCAAGGAAAUGGUACGGAUGGAGGCGGCGGAAGAGAGCGUCGACGUCGUUGUUACCAUCCUUCGAUCGGAGUACUUCGAGCCCGAACUCACCCCCGCACAAGUGGAGAAAGUGUUCAACGCUUUCGUUGCCUGGAAUAACGCCGUCGAAAAUGUCAGGGGCGGUCACUUGAGCAGAAAAUCCAGCAGUUAUAGCAGCUACAGCAUUAGCACUAAUGGUUCGGUUCAGAUGGUCGACGAAGAACUACGACAGGGCGCGGAGCUCUUUGCUCAUCUGAAACAAUAUCUCAAGCUCUGCCUACGGCAGCGCGAUAAAGUUAUGAUGCUCCAGAUCAUUGAAGAACCGACGACUCUACAACUUUUCCGGGAUCUAUUUACUAUCUUCUACGAGCCCCUUGUUCGAGUCUACAAGUCCGCAAACGUCUAUAACAGUAUUACCGAUUUCGCCUUGUUUGUGGAUGACACCAUCCGGGUUGUCGAAGCCUGCCAACGGCAAGAUGUCUCCGCGGAUCCGAACCAGACGGUUCAAGCAUUCAUUGACCUAUGCGCCCGCCACGAAGACAACUUCUACAAGUUCGUGCACGAGGUACAUAUACAUGACAAUGGGUUAUUUGACCAGCUCAUGGGCUGGUUAGAGGGUAUUCUCGAGUUCCUGCGUCAUGGACCACGUGGCGGAGGAAAGCUGGACAUGAAUGCAUUAUUCCAAGGUGGCAUGGACUCCGGCGUGAUAGACAAGAAGAAGGCCAUCAGAGAAAUCAACUCUCUUAUCCGAUGGCAGACGGCGCGGAAGAAGUGGCACCAAGACAAAACCCGGCAGAAGAUGGCCAGUGGAGGUGGGGACGACCACGCAGACAUGCUAGGAGGUAUGGGCGGUUUCAAGACGUCUGACUUCGGGCUCAAUGAACUCGACCUCCAAGACCUCGAGCUUGACGACGACGGCAGCUAUGACGAAAGCGAUAGUGAGUUCGACGACGACGACAUCGCGGAUCCGAUACAGGCCGAACGGAAGCGCAGAGCGAGAGCACAAGAGAAAUUGAGGAGAACGGCGGGUGAGCCGAAGAAACCGGAUAUUGAAGAGCUGACGAAAUUGCAUCCGACGUUCUUGAGUAUGCUUCGGUCGGUGCUGGCAGAGUAGUUUCUCUAGGUAUUUUGGCAUGGGGUUUUGUUAAUAGAUAGAGAGGUAGGGAGAGGUUGUUUGUGGGUUUGAGGUGCUGUUGAAGAUGAGGGCUGGGGGCGAACGCGGGAUACAUAGAGGUGUGUUGUGGUCCGUUUCACUUUGGUCGUGGCGAAGCGCGGACUUGUAUAAGCAUGGGUAGGUUGGUAUAGAUAUGGAGGAGUGGGCCUUGGGUUGGGUCUCGUGCCCAAGGGAUAUUGAUAUCAAUCCGAAAAAAUCAUCCUUUGUCUCUUGGAUAUUCAUACACCC